CAGCCAAGCCAGGCCAAGUCAAAGCGGCAAGGCGCGUGCCGCCGACAGCGUUGUGAUUUGUGUUGAGACGAAGUUCGAAAGUUUUUGUUCUACUAGAGUUGACGUUCACUGUGUAUCAUCACAUUUAGUUGUGCCUCCAAAAACCACACCGCACAAGAACAAUGGAUACCGCGAAGGCGGUCGACAGCGGCCAUGCCUUUCCUUCAGUUGCCAGCGGCUUCAUCCCGAGCAUCGUCGCGUCUGUGUGCAUCGAAGGUUGUGACACGGACAUAUCCAUCAUGGAGUUCACCGACAAACUGUUUAUCGUGGUCUCCCAGUACAAGAAACUCGGCACCCUUGUGCUUGUAACAAAGGAUGCUGCAAACUGCGACGAUCCCCAGACGCUUGUGUACACUGCAAAGGUGCUGUUCGGAAAGGACGAGGCGGAGGUAGAAGCGACAGCCAAAAACAUAGCCAAGACAAUCAAGACCUCAAAGACUGUUCUCCUAAGUCUUGCCUUGAAAAAGUUCUCGCCCACAAUUGUGCGAAGCAUCGUAUCAGCUGUGGCCACCCAGCUCAGUGCCUUAAGUUCUCCAAUGCACCAAAAUCCAUGUAAUACCUGAUAGUAGCUAAUGCCUGUCUGUGAAGUUACUUUGUGUACAUUACGAAUGUGAGCAACUGUGAACAGCUCGCAUGGUUACUGAUACGAAUGGAGAGUGUUGUGGAGAGUUUUACAGAGAAUGCAUAUGACUGAAGAACAGACGAGUGAAGACUGUUCUGAACAUUGCCACUUGAUCUGCAGUGCGAAAAAGUUUCCACUACCUUUAUGCACUACUGAACUUUCAAAAUCUGUGAUUUUUGCUACUUGUACUAUUAACAUACUUUGGACAUUUACAUUGCUAUCUGAAAUAAACGGUUGUGAGCC